AUUUGGUGAUGUUUCCGAACGUAGCCUUUGAAAGUAUAGCCAGCUUUCGUUCAAUUGACGGUGCGAGAUCUCUCGACGAUGUGACGUCCACCUCACGUUGUAUGUAUACCACGCGACGCAUGUCGAUACGCACAUACGCACGAUAGGGAGGGACGGGACGGAACGGAUGCAGUAUGGCUCGGUAGGCACGCGUGUGAUAUAUCGCGUUUGGGGGCGUUUCAUUUAGAACGCACGUUCGCGUUUUUCCGAGUCCGCGUCCUCGUCAUUUAAUAGAAAGAUUCGACAGGGUUUCCCCGCGAUCGCAAUUUGAUAUAAUCGCGCUGCCCCCCUUCUUCCCUCCCUCUUCUCCUCACCAUCGGUGGUGCUGACUUGUCGAUAAACAACGCCGCACGCCGACGUCAUCAUCAGGAAACGCGCGAUGCGUGUCCCGGCGCCGCGAACGCAACACCCGAAGGUUUCGUGAAUAAUGCCUAGAUUGAUAAAUUGAUACUCGCGAAGCGAACGGAGUGCGUUGAUCGAGAUACGUUAAAUAGGAGGUUGGACGGGAAGGAAGGUAUGGAGGGUGUCAACGGUCAACUGCAGACAAAGUACCAGAAAAUCGCCACAGAAUACUCAAAAAUUCGUGCACAAGCAAACGUUCUGAAGAAGGCUGUGAUAGAAGAGCAAGUACGUAACACAGAUAUCCGGAAUCAGUUGAAGGAGAAAGAGGUGGAGUUUCGUAGGGCUGAGCAAGAAAUCGACAGUUUAACGUUUCGCAAUCAGCAAUUGACAAAACGUAUAACUGUACUGCAGGAGGAACUUGACAAAGCACAGAACAAGCCCAAGAAGGGUAAAGGCAAAGGGCCAGAGAACAAUAGUCAGAUUCCAGCAUCUCUGCCACCCAACAAUAUCUUAGAUGAAGAAUUUCAGAAAAAGAUAGUCGAAAAUGCUCAAUUAUUAUCACAAAUUAGUGACAAGGAUAGCGAAAUUGAAAGUUUGUAUGAAAGGAUACAGCAAUUAGAAUAUAAGGUCGACUAUUGCGAGAAAUCUAAAGUAGAGUCACAAUGUCAAUAUCAAAGUACUAUAGAUAAACUAGAAAGAGAGAGAAAUGAUCUGCAGAGAAAAUUAAACGACAAGCAGAAACAAGAGGAGACCGUGUCGUGGUCUAGUAAUGAAGGUAGGCGUGAUGGUUAUGAUUUUGAUGCAAGAGGAACACUUUUGAAUCAUCGUCAAACAGAACCAUCGCCGUUUUCUUCUCCCUCUGCUUCGCGUAGAUCAUCGAAAUCAUUCGGGGAAGGAAAACCGCAAAAAUCACAAGACGAAAGUAAUGAAUUUCUAUGUACAAAAUCAUGUGACUUAGAGAAAGAAGUCAAUCACUGGAAAGCUCAGUAUCAUAUACUCAAGAUAAAAUAUGACGAACUAGAGCAAAGAGAGGCUGCAAUAACUUCAGAAAUUGAUGGCAAUGUAUUGAAAUCUACAGAAAUAAAUAAUAUGAUUGGAAAAUUGAAUGCACCUUUUACCAUACCAGAAGAGAUCGAAGCUCGCGAAUUAAAGAUUAAAAACUAUUUCCUAGAAGAAAUUGAAAGAUUAACAAACGAAAAAUACAUUUAUCACAUAAAGAACUUAGCUAUGGCCGCCAAUAAUGAAGUUAUGCAUGUGCAAUUAGACACAAGUGAAUCAAAGAGAGAGAAAUGUGAAGCGGCGUUGUUAGAGACAUUAUCCAAUUACAACAGUUUACAAAAAGAAAAAGAAACGCAGGAGAUAAAUUACAAGGUGCAGCUCAAUACUAUGAGCGAACAUCUUGCCAAUAUGAACGAGAAACUUAUCUUUCAAACGGAGGAAAUACAACAAUUAAAAUUUGAAUUAGCUAAGAACAAUAAAAGAGGAAAACAAAAGUGAUCCAGAUCAGAAUUGCAAAGAACAAUCAUUGACAUUCCAUUCAGUGGUAUACUUUAAUCAUGAUCAUCGAUAAAUAUAACUUUAUGUACAUAUAUAGCUCAUUUUUUAAAAUCACGGUUUUCCAUAUACUCAUAUCUUUAGCUUGAAAAAUGCUAAAGAGCUCUCUAACUUGAUAUUAUUUAUAAAAUUGAAAUAAAAUUUCUCAUUGACAUUCUUUUUAUAUGAACGUUUAUUUAUAAGUUUAAUUCUACUACUUUAUAUGGGCAAUGAUUAUUAUUUGCUCAGACUUAUUUACAGGAGUAUAUCAACAUUUGGUACAGGAUAAACUUUACAAUUGAAAUUCAUUAACAAGACAUGUACAAUUUUUUUAGUAUCACUUAUAAGACAUUUGUAGUUAAACCAUUAAUAGUUAAAAAUCUAAAUUGAUAUCUACAAUUGUAAAUUAUAAACCAUUCAUAUAAAAAGAGAUAUAAAACAUAUGUACAGUUACUGUUUAUAGUAGGUGUUGUGAUAAAAUUAAUGCAUAUUCAUUAAAGCAAUUGCUUUGUGUAUAUUAAUUAAUAUAAAUAAAAAUAACUGGAUCUUCAGUAAA